CUUGCUCUUGACUUUUCACUCGCUGCUGUCCCUCUUGGGCCCGCCCCGCGUUCCAGAGCUCCGCCUUCUCCCGUUCCGCUCCAGUCUGGUCAGCUUAGCGCACCAUGGAUAAGAUCGGUAUCGUGUUUGGUGGCUCUCGGGGCAUCGGCAAGGCUGUGGCCCAGUUAAUGGCCCAAAAGGGCUACCGGCUGGCGAUUGCGAGCAGGAACCUGGAGGCCGCGAGAGCCGCGGCCGGGGACCUCGAGGGAAAUCAUUUGGGACUUUGCUGUGAUGUUUCUAAAGAGCAAGAUGUUCAAAAUGCAUUUGAAGAGGUGGAGAAAAAUUUAGGUCGUGUUAAGUUUUUGGUAAAUGCAGCUGGCAUAAGCAGGGAUGCCUUGCUACUAAGAACAAAAACUGAAGACAUGGUGUCCCAGCUAAACACUAACCUCUUGGGAUCCAUGCUGACAUGUAAAGCUGCUUUGAAACAUAUGAUUCAACAGCAAGGAGGUUCUAUUGUUAAUAUAGGUAGUAUUGUAGGUUUAAAAGGAAAUCCUGGCCAAUGUGUUUAUAGUGCUAGCAAAGGAGGAUUAGUUGGUUUCUCCCGUUCUCUUGCUAAAGAAGUAGCAAGAAAGAAAAUUCGAGUGAAUGUCGUUGCCCCAGGAUUUAUCUAUACAGAUAUGACAAAAGAUAUGAAAGAAGAACAAUUAAAGAAAAAUAUUCCUCUUGGGAGGUUUGGAGAGCCUAAAGAUGUGGCACAUGCUGUUGUUUUUCUUCUAGAAACUCCAUAUAUUACAGGGCAUGUUCUGGUUGUAGAUGGUGGAUUACAGCUUGCUUUGUAAAGUGGGUACUAUUCAGUAAUAAUAGUGUUUUGAAUUAAGAUUGUAUUUAAUUUUGUUAGCAACCACUGAAUCAUACCUGCAUGGAUGAUAAUCAAAUCUAUAAAAUAACUUGUUAUUCCUUUUUUUCAAAGUUCAUUUUAUGGUGAUUAUGUGUUGAGGUAUGACUAACAGGGAUGAUGAUUGAUCCUAUCCAUAUUCAGCAGAUAUAAAAUCAGUUCUUUGGUUGUCUCAUGUGCCAUCAAAUGCAUAAUAAUAUAUAGUCAUUUUCCAAAAGAUGAAACCUUUAUUGAGUUAUAUAUAGUAUUGUGACCAUUUGGUUAUUAGUUUGUGCAUUUAAAUGAGAGAACAUAUUUUCUUUUUUAAUCUUUUUAUUGAUAUCUUUUUUUUCUACAGCACAUUAAUUUUCAAAGAUAUCCCUUCCCCCACAUCCACUGAGCUAUUCUUUGCAACAAGAAAUUAAAAAAAAAAGGUGGGGGGAAGAGUAAUAGUUCAGUAAUAAUAAAUAACCAAAAACUAGCCAUUUGCAAGAGUCCAUGCAACAUUCCACACUCAUAGUUCCCCAUCUUUGCAGUAAAAAGGAAAGGUGGCUGUAUUUUCUCAACUCUUUGGAGCCACAUUUUUUCAUUAUAAUGAUACAGGAUUCCAUUUUGAGGAAAAAAAAUUUUCUAGUAAUUAUCUUUGUUUCAGUCAGUAUUUGGCCUUAAUUAACUUUUUUGCCAGAAUAAAAAAGUAAAAAACAUGUCUUGCAUCUAGAUGAUUAUCCUGAUUGAUGCUAUUUUGAGAAGGCAAGGAAGAAUCAAGCACUUUAUCAAGUGUCUAUUAUGUGCUAGGAACUAUGUUAAUGACUUUACAAAUUUUUUCUCAUUUGAUUUUCACAACCACCACCUUGGGAGAAGGUAUUACUAUAACUCCCCCUUCAUAGUUUUGGAAAGUGAGAUAGACAGAUGAAGUGACUUGACCAGAGCCACACAAUUAGGAAGUGUCUGAAGUCACAUUUGAACUCAGGUAUAACUCUAGGCUUAGCCUAGAGCCUAUUAGAACAUUGUUGUUGUUGUUUUUAAACCAAAUUCUACGGUAAGGCUGUACCAUCUUCAGCCAGUGAGCUGAAUUCUACCUCCAUCCCACAUACUGCUCUUGGAGAAUCACUAGACCUUUUAGCCUCAAAGGGUUGUCGGGACCACAGAAGGUGACAUCUGUAAAACGCUUCAGGCUACUUAAUAUUGCUACAUCUACCCGUCUUGCACCUUUUCAGUAGUUCUGUGAAGUCAGCUUCAUGUGGCUCCAGAACACCAGGGCUUUGCUCCUCUGGAUCUCCAGACCUUCCUGCCUCUUCUACUCCUCUUUCUGAACAGCCCUUCACCUAUCCUCACUCAGUGUCCCUUUUAGGGCCCUACUGUUACACCUGUCAGGUGGUAGCACCUCUAAGGGUGCUUGGCAGUAUUGAGAAAGCAGAAAAGGCCGAUCUUUGCCAGUCUCCCAUCCUGCAUCUCUGCCUCAGCUCCGGUUCUCAUCACUCCCAGACGUAUGGUACCUUCAUGCUGUCCUGUGUGUUAGGGAAAAGUAGUUAACAUUGGAUAGUGAAAUAUUCUUCUCUAAAAUAUAAUGUUCUCUGGGAGCAGGUUUUUGGGGGAGCUUCUGAGGGCCCUUCGUUUCAGUUCAGUAAUUAUCCCAAAUGCAGUCAGGAGUUAAAAUCCAAAUCUUUUAUUGUUUCCUUCAAAGUCUUGUCUCCUUCACUUGGGCCUUGGCUAGUUUUUAUUAGAGGCUUUCUGUAGUCUUGGUUCCGAGAGCUUAAGCUGCCUUCUCUGGCUUCUGAAUCUCCCCAGCUUCAAGGGUUUGUGCUUCAGUCUCCAGCCACAGCAAAGGUGGAUGAUGGAAUGAAUCUGUCUCAGCCUCAGAAUGCUUUUAAUGUGCUUGUCCUUUCUAACCCUGACAGCUCCUCCUUAUAUGUUCCACACUGAGUAUACACCAAUCAUUAUAUCACUAGGAAACCAUUAUUUGUUGUAGGAUUAAAUCAAUGCUAAAUUAGAUUUAACCACUGCCUCCUCAAUUCCACUUACUUAGCACCUUGUAAGAAUCCUAACUGGACAGGGCAUAUCUGUAAUGGAAAGUGUUCAUCAGGCAGGCCACAGUGUUCCUUUUGGAAUGGCCAGAAAAUAUAGAAGUAAAAAGAAGAGCUCACAGAGCUAUUCUACGGUAACUUAAAUUUUACAAAGCACUUAACCUUGUUGCUCCUCACAACAAGGAUAUGAGGAAAGUAUCUUUAUUAUCUUCAUUUUACAAAUGGGAAAACUAAAACUGAGAGGAAUUAAGGGACUCAGCCAGAUUCACACAAUAAGUUAGUGUUUGAGGAAGGAUUUUGAUCCAGGUUGUCUUGUCUUAAAGUUCAGUAGUCUGUCCAUUGUGCUGUACAGAAACAGUGUUUAUGGUAUUGUGCUAUAUAGUAUCGAAGGAAAAUUGAAUUGAGAAGAGUCUUCAAAUCUAAUCCAGGUUUUACUAUUAAAUGAGCUUCAUAAUAUUUGGCAAGGAAUUAGAUGGAGUUCUGCAGUUCCUUUCUAUUCAAACAUAUUGUAAUAAGCCUAAAUUUUUAGAGAACUAGUCCUGGUGCUAUUCUUGAUUGGGUGCUAGUUUGUUCUUGGAUGACUCAUUUUCUAUAUUUCUCAGUGAACAGAGACAUUUUCCUAGGGAAAACCCUCUUUUAGAGCUGAUUGAGUGUCAUAUAUUAUAGAUCCCUACACCCAAGGGAUAUAAUAUACAAAUGUGUGUGUGUGUACGUAUGUAUAUAUAUGAUUGGAAGACAGUAUGUGAUGUAGUGAUUUCUUUAAUUUAGAUUAAAAAUUAAAAUUAAAAGAUUCUUAACAUAAAAAUAAAAAGUGAGCACUUAAAUUACUAACCACUAAGCACCUUAAAUUAUUAACAGUUAAGUACAUAAGCAAUUGAAAGAUACCACACAGACUGAAACACCUUUAGAAUGGACAAAAAUAAUUGUGUUUUAAAGGGAAUAUUUACUUGGGGUCAAGGAGCUGUAAGCAGAAUUUAAAGAGCCAAACAACAUAUUAUCUCCCUGAAUAGAGAAUAACAUUUUAGGAUUUAAUUUUAAUUCAUAUUUCCAAUCUUAUUAGAAAAUUCCUUUAAAUAAAAUGAUCUUAAAAUCUUUAUUGCAUUCAUUACUAAGGGCUAAUUUUUUAUUUUAAAUAUUAUUUGAUGUUUUAAAAGAUAUAACUAGCAUUUAUAUAACACUUUAAGGUCUGUAAAGUACUGUACAUAUCUUAUUUCAUUUGGUCCUCCCAAUAACUGUGUGAAGUUAAGAGACAGUAAUUGACUUUCUAAGGAUCACACAGCUAAUAAGUAGUAGGAUUUGAACUCAGAUCUUCUGGACUUCACAUUCUGUCUUUUCUCCUAAAGGAUUCACUUUUUUAUUAAAGCUUUUUAUUUUCAAAACACAUAUAGAGAUAAUUUUCAACAUUGACCCUUCUAAAACCUUGUGUUCCAAAAUUUUUUUCCCUUCCCCUCACUGCUUCCCUAGAUUGCAAGCAAUUCAGUAUAAAUUAAAUAUGUGCAAUUCUUUUAUACAUAGUUCUAUAUUUAUCAUGCUGCACAAGAAAAAUCAGAUCAAAAAGGAAAGAAAACGAGUAAGAAAACAAAAUGUAUGCUAACAAAUUGUGAUCCACAGACUUCUCUCUGCGUUCAGAUGGCUCUCUUCAUCACAAGACCAUUGGAACUGGCCUGAAUCAUUUCAUUGUUGAAAAGAGCCACAUCCAUGAAAAUUGAUCAUUGUGUAAUGAUCUGGUUCUACUCUACUUUGAAUCAGUUCAUGUAAGUCUCUCCGGGCCUUUCUGAAAUCAUGCUGCUGAUUGUUUCUUAUAGAACAAUAAUAUUCUAUAACAUUCAUAUACCAUAACUUAUUUAGUACGAGAAUGACUGAAGAGGCGGGAAGGCCUGGAGAUCCAGAGGGGUAGAGCCCUGAUGUUCAGGGGCCACAUGAAGCUACUGAAGAGGUGCAAGAUAGGUAAAUGUAAUAUUCAGCAGCCUGAAGUGCUUUGCAGAUGUCUGUUCACAUCCUUUCACACCAUUUAUCAGUUAGAGAAUGGCUUGAAUUCUUACAAAUGAGUCAAUUCUCUCGAUAUUUUAGAAAUGAGGAGGCUUCACUUUGCAAUGACACCAAAGCUCUGCAAAAAUCUUACAAUCCUCUGAAAUCAUGUUUUUUAAAAUAGAAAUAAAUCUCUUAUAAUGAGCAUCAAAAGGAAUUUUAUAUGUGGUAUGGAGUAUUUUAUAAACUGAGGUAUACUUGAACUCAACAGUUGCAUACCAAUAGAGGUGUGAAGUUUUAUGAACUCUGCAUUUAUCAAAGGACACUCAAAUAAAAAUAAAUACAACAUA